AAUUCAAUAUAGGGGUGAAUUUGCAAAGAUUAAUUUGGAGCAGUUAGGUUGAGUUAACGGCCUCUCAGUGGUACGACUGACGACGACGAGAGCAGUGCCACAACCAAGAAAUACAGAAGAAGAAGAAGAAGACAAUGAAGGGCCAAGCUUCAGCCUACUGGAGGAGCUCAGCCGUCAAGUUCAGGAUCCCAACCGCCCAGAAUUUGGUACCAAUCAGAUUAGAUAUCGAACUCGACGAUGGUCACAAGUUCAAAGACGCUUUCACUUGGAACCCUUCUGAUCCUGAUUCUGAAAUUGUUGUCUUUGCCAAAAGGACUGUCAAAGACUUGAAGCUCCCUCCUGCAUUCGUUACCCAUAUUGCUUCCUCCAUUCAGUCCCAGUUAGCUGACUUUAGGUCCUUUGAAGGUCAAGAUAUGUAUGCUGGCGAGAAAAUAGUUCCUAUUAAGCUUGAUCUUCGUGUAAACAAUAUUCUUAUAAAGGACCAAUUUUUGUGGGACAUGAAAAACUUUGAGAGUGAUCCCGAAGAGUUUGCAAAAACCUUCUGCAAAGAUUUAGGUAUUCAAGACCCUGAAGUUGCUCCAGCAAUUGCUUUUGCAAUCAGAGAACAAUUGUAUGAGAUUGCAAUUCAAAGUGUAGCUUCAGCAAGAGAAAGCCGAAUCAGCAAGAAGGGACGCCGAGGGACUGAUCACACACCAACCAGCAAAGCUAGUGGUGCUGCUUUGGACCUAGUGAAGUUAUUUGGGCAUAAAUCUAGUGUUGUUCGGAAGAGGAAAGAGUGGGACAUAUACGAACCGAUUGUCGAUCUUUUAUCUAAUGAGGAGGUGGACGCUCUUGAAGCAAGAGAAGAGAGGAAUGCACGGUGACUUAGACUUAUUGCAGCUGUAGCCAUAUUUCUAAAUGUUACACUAAUUUGCCUCCUUUGGAGGAGACGAUAUUUGACGUAUAAAUGUAUAAUGCAUGCUUAAAAAUAUUGAACUUUAUUCA